AUGCUCAGUCUUGCAGAUAAGGGGCGGACGGACCCUGCGAUUCUGAUUAACAUCUUCCGACGAGGCAACCCAUAUAGAACAGGCUCAUAUCUACUGUAUCUAGCGGCCCUUCUCUGUGGCUUGGGCGUCAUGAUCCCAGCUCUGCAGGGCUACUACCUUGAUACUGUCCAAGUAAACGUGAGCAUCGGAGACGGCGUGUUUAAUGAUUUAGCGCCUGCGCGCGAGUUGACACCGAAAGGCCUGACCAGUGUUGCCACUUCCAAGGAUGUUAUCCCAGCCACAAUCGGGGACACCACCGCUUCAUCCGGAGACUUUUCCUAUUUGUGGACGCCUCACACGAAUUUCUCCUCCAGGCCUCCGUUCUACGACAUUCUAGGCGUGGAAAGCAGUAUACCCUGGUUCGCUUCUGCUGCACCUAUCACCGCAGAUACUGGCGUUCUUCGUGUAUAUUCUCUAGGAAUGGGAAGUUCCGUCAAUUGUGCGCCUAUUUCUUCGAACGAUUUCCCGUCUAAGUGUCCAGGAUCUAAUCCUUUCUCGACAAAUUGUUCGAACGUCGAUCCGACUAGGUCCGCGAUAUCUGGGAAUACCAGUCAGUCAUGGGCAGAUCCCUUCGUUUUCAGGGUUUGCGCUCCUGGUGACGUUAGCUCGUCGCCUUGGCAGCCAACCCUUGACAGGCAGCAGAUCAGUGAGGAUCUAUAUCUAGAUUACCAGAACUACAGCGCGGCGGCAAAUGCCACAAACUAUACUUACCGUUGCAUUGCUGAAUCAACCCUGGGCUACUUUGAGCUUCCAAAUCAGUGGAACGGCUCUAUUAGUGGUGAUAUAUACCGCUCCCGACGUGGAUGA